UGUUGGACAACUAAUCUGAUCCAGGUCAGCGGGCGUCCCGGUUCCGACAGAACUCCGAGGGAAGUGGGACUCCCCCCCCUCCCCGGCCUGUAGCUGGAAGCUCCCUCCAGGUGAGGAUCAAAGUUUCUGCAGAAACUUCAACUGAAGACCUGAGAUUUUAUCAGGCAGGAGCAGAAUGAAGGAGGAGGACCAGGAGGUGAAGGUAGAGGAGGACCAGGGGCUUAGGACUCAGGUGAAGGUAGAGGAAACUGAGGAAGUUAACCUGGCUGAGAACCAGGAGCACCGCCAGGACCCAGAACCGGACCGCCAGGACCCAGAACUGGACCGCCACACUCUGGACACCACCCAGACCCAAACGUCUGUCUCUGCUCUGCAGUUUCAGAGAACGUCCGGCCCCCUGCGGUGCUGCCCCAUCUGCCAGUCCGGCCUGUGGAAACACCUGGAAGGUGGUCACCAGGUGAAGAAGGCGUCAAAGUCACAGCUCACCUGGUCGGCCGGCCACACCAACAUCCAGCCACAUACUGUGGAUGAGAGGGGCAAAGAGUCGAGCCGGGCUAAGACCCCCGAAGCSCCUGGGCCGGAGGACAGGAGCYGGAUGCAGCCAGGCUGCUGCACUGAGCUGUUCCAGCCAUACAAGUCACGACUCAGAAAGCUGGAGUGGGAGAAGAGCGAACUGGAGGCGAGAGUGGGCCGGCUGGAGCGGGUCCUGAUGGGGUCGAAGCGCAGCGCUGCGGCCGGCGGGGCAGAGGAAGGCCUGCAGCCGCGCAAGAGGCGGAGGCAGCAGGCAGAGGGCGAGAGAGAGGRAGAGAGAGAGGGCGGCGCCCCCUCCUGGACGCAGCUGGUGGUCCCAGGAACCACGGUCGUCACAAACAUGGAGAGGAUCGAGGGCGAGAAGGUGGCGUCCAUGACGACCUCCACAGGAGAUCCCMGUAGCUCCCAGUGGAUCUCUGGGACAGGAAGAGGACGUCUGAUGGGACACCUCCGUCUGCCGGAGUCCAUGAACGAGUGCCUGACCCAGUUCCAGGCGGUCCUGGUUCUGGGUCUGGAGGCCAAGAAAGACGCCCUGACCCGACUCAGGGGGGUGCAGGCCUUCCUCGGCUUCAUGUCCGAUGGAYACUGGAGGCUGUCGGACUGGAGCUUCUUACACAACGUGGCCAGGAUACGUCUCUGGAUCCAGGUGAUGCUCAGCAGGGGGAAGACGUUCAGCACCGUCCGGUCCUACCUCCGCAGCGCCUGCUGGUUCCUGGAGUUCCUGCUGGCCGCUCGGCCCCAGCGCCGCCGCCGGAUUUCAGCCACUCAGACGCAGGUGGUUGAAAUCCUCCAGGUGCUGAAGAAGACCAGCAGGGACRCUGACCGCAGAAACGUCUUCCACCUGAAGCCGCUCAGGAGGGAGCAGCUGUCGAGUCUGGACGCCAUCACCACCUGCCUCCGGCUGGCUCCAGGCCGGGUGGAGGACCUCCUGGCGGAGGUGGAGACGGACUGCAGUGCCACCCGGAGCCUCUACCUGCUGUACGGCUUCCUGGCGGCGUACUGGUCCUGCCUCAGCGGACUCCGGCCCAGAGUGUUCGCCGCCUUGACGGACGCUGACGUCUCCAAGGCGGAGAAGGAGAUGACCGAGGAGGGCAUCCUGAUCAGCGUGGCCAAGCACCAGACUUCGCCCCGGUCCGGUGAGGCAGCCAUCGCCUUGACGUGCCGAGAGUUCGCUUGGAUUGAGCGGCUCGUGCCCAUCAAAGCCCAGCGGGGGGGCACCAGCAAAUACACCCUGUUCACCACAGGGACGAAGAACUUCAGGAAGAUAAACCGCUACGUGAAGCUGGCGUGGGCAGAAAUGGGCCUGAGCGGCAACAUCAACUUCACGCUAAUCAGGACCAUCAUGGCCGACUGCGCACAAUCCGCCCUGACGAAGGGUUCUGGGAAUCGGGUCGGCACUGCCGCGGCUCACCGGCUUAAGGCCAACUGGUGGGCCGCCUCUCUGCAGGACGCCAUGAAGGUCAGAUAAUCCUUUUGUUCUUUCAACGGCCGGAGCCUCUCCAGUUUGGAGGGUCCGGGUACCGACAGGAAGGGCGGUUCUGACCGCAGGAGGACAGACGGCGUCCAUCAGAACACCAGACCCAGAACAGAGGAAAGAAAAAGCUCAAAAAGAGCUGAAGCAGAAGACAGCUGGUCGUCUUCUGGUGACGUUUCACCUCAUCCACACGGUUCCUUCAGUUCUGGACAUGUUGGAAGAUACAGGCUGCUUGUUCUGGUCGGUCAAGAAAAUAAAAUGCAUUUCUUCAAA